AUGGCCUCACUCGCUAGAACCAUUCCUGCCCUGUUGGCUCUUGCAGCCACCGCUAUUGCCACUCCCGUUUCUACUCCAGUCAAACGGGAUAGCUGCUCGACCUACAGAACGGUCAAAGAUUGGAACGACCUUACUUCGGAUGAACAGUCUGACUACCUUGCCGCAGAGGUGUGCCUGACUGAGUAUGCUGCUACGAUGGAUCUCGGAGGCUCGAAGACCUACUGGGACGAGCUGAUGUAUAACCACAUUACCCAAGUGGACUAUAUUCACUUUGUUGGUCAAUUCCUCCCAUGGCACCGCUAUUUUGUUUCCGUUCACGCCAAUGCUCUUCGUGACUACUGUGGGUACGAAGGUCCGCUCGCGUACUGGAACGAACAGGAGGAUGCUUCAACCCUCACCGAUAUCGAAGACUCUACCAUUUUUCAGUCUGACGCUUUUGGCGGCAACGGUGUCGGCGACGAUGAGUGCAUUGCCAACGGGCCCUUCGCCAAUGUCACCUUGACCUUUACCCCCGGUGAAUCUCCCUUUGGCGGCAACGCCACAGCCGACGACACGUGCAUCUUCCGCGACCUCUCGCUGAGCACGCUGCAGUCGAGCGACUUUGACGAGUGCCUGGAGGAAGACAACUUUGAGGACAUGUGGGACUGCGUCGAAAACGGCCCGCACGCCAACGGCCACGGCGCCGUCGGCGGGCUCAUGGGCAACGUGGCCAACAGCCCCGGAGACCCCGUCUUUUGGCUUCACCACGCCUUUAUCGACCUGCAGUGGUGGAAGUGGCAGUCUCAAGACCUCGACACGCGCCUUACCGAGAUUGGCGGCACAAACGGCCGCUCUUCGGGUGACGAACCUGCCGAUAUCGCCGCCUAUGAUGGCGAUAAUGGCAACACUACGACCCUCACCCACAACUUGUGGAUGAUGGACUUGUACCCCAAUGUUACUGUGGCCGAUGUUAUGAGUAUCAACUACACUGACGUUUGUCUUGAUUAUGUGUACUAA